AUGAAGCUCACCGUGGUCGGCCUCGGCGGCAAGCACGAGCUCGAGGUCAAAGCCGCCGACACGCUCGCCGCCGUCAAGGCGCAGCUCGCGCCACUUGUAUCGUUGCCGCCAGAGGAGCUCAAGCUGGUCGCCAAAGGGAAGGCGCCGCCCGACGCCACGCCGCUCUCCGCGCUUGGCCUCGCCGACGGCGGCAAGCUGAUGCUGAUGCGCUCGCAGGCGGGAGCAAAGAGCCUCCAGCAGCGCGGGAAGGCGGCCGCUCCCGCCUCCGCCACCUCCGCCAACUCCCGCCCGCUCGGCGCGCCUCCGUGGCUGUCGAUUGGCUGCGAGGUGGACUACCUCGACUCGGGCGGCGAGCGCCACUCAGCGGCGCUGCUCGCCCCGCUCGUCAGUGGCGGUGCGGAGCCGGCGGCGAUGCGGCUGCUGGCCAAGGGGAAGGAGGCGGCAGACGACGCCACGGACGGCGUGGCGCGGCUCGCCGAGCUCCGCGAGCGGGUGGGCAAGCUGACCUUGCGGCUGCGCAAGCGGCUGCUGGACGCUGCGGAGGCACAGGUGCAGCUGGGCGCGCUCGAGGAGGAGCUGAACGCAAUCUCGCUCGACCUCAAGAACGCGGCGCCCAACGAGACGAGUGACGCCGCCGCGGUGCGCCGCGAGCGCCUCGCCGAGUGCGCGCGCGUGGGCGAUGAGCUGUCGGCCGCGCGCAAGGAACACGCGGACGCGUUGCUGGGUGCACAGUUGGGCCGGUGACCACACAGGCUCCCACAGUGCACAGAACCUUGUCACGUCCGCUCGAGGCACGACGGCGUCGAUCCUCAGGCACCCGCUUGCUCGAAAACGAAAUGUGUGUUGGGUGGAGUAAAAGUUUCAAAACAU